AUGCCCUCAUUGCUGAGUGCGUUUGCGUGGCAUCCCGGGCAACGCCUUCCGGACUUCUUUCUCGCGGGCUCCAUGAUUUUCCGGCCGCGGCCCUGUCCGGACAUGAUGUAUGGUCGCCGCGGGCAGUGCCAUGCCUGCCCCGGACAUCUCCUCUCCUUGCAGGGGUCGGAGUUUUGCGACUUCCGGGUCGGCAAGGAUGUCGCAGUGGCGCUGGCGAUCACGUUCCUGCUUUGCACUGUCUUCCUCUGUCUUGGAAGGUGGCUGGAGGCACGAGCGUUUCAGAAGGAGCAUCCCUUCGUUGGCUUCUGGCUCUUGGCCUUUGUCAGUGCGGCCUUGCCGAUCCUGGCAGGGGUGCUUUGCAGUUGCCGCGGGCCUUCGUGGAUAGCCUCCCUGCUUGCUUUCCUUGGACUAGCGGGAGUCGCUGCCGAACACCGGACUUGGCGACAGCGCCCACAAGUACCGGAAAUACCUGGCACAUCGGGGCCGCUACUUUUGCUCGUGGGCCAUAGCAUGGUCACAAGCUUCAUGCUUCUUCAUGACCGUAUAGAGAGGCCACGUGAAGAAGGGCACCCCCUCCGAACGCUCCUGGGAUGGGAUCAGGGAGAGUAUGCCUGGCUCUUGGUCCUUAGCCUGCUGAGCUCCUGUGCUGUCUUGGCUGCGGUUUCCGCGGAGCUCGCAAGAUCUCAGAGAAAGGCCCCUGAACGCCAGGGAGCCUCUUGGGAAAGGAACUCUCUGUAUAUCGAAAGGAGGAGCCGGGAGCCUCGACAAAAUCUUCGGCGAAGCUGCUGUUCCCAGGCCUAUUCUUCGGCUGAGAGAUGGCAGUGUGCGAGGUGUUUCGGGCAGGUGCGGGCAUUUGGCAGAAGCUGGGCGGGCAGGCACUGUAUCUUGCUGGCGAACGCCUGUAUCUCUACGACGGUCUGCUCGUACCAGUAUCUCCAGCCAGGACGGACGCCACGGAGAUGCUUCCUGGCCGUGGUGAUUUCCCUGGGACUGCUUUGCAUGGCCACCGGGCUCUGUGCUCUUGCUUCCGAGGCGCUGCAUUGCCCGAAGAGGCUGGACCGACACUUCCGUUGGUCUGUUCUGUGGAAGGUAAGCAUGCUGGUGGGCAAGGUGAUCCUCUUGGCCAUCCCCCAGGCGAGCGCUGAGAUACCCCUUGACUCCAUGAUGAGCUGUGGCGUUGAUGCUUUCUGCCCGCCUGACUGCCUCGAGGGCGGUGGCUACUGCACCAGGGUCCCGACAUCUGGGGCUGAAACCUGCAAGUGUGUGAAAGCAGAAAUGAAUUGGGCCACGUAUUGCCUGACGGCAAUCACGAGCUUCCUCCUCUGCGCGCUCACCUUCAUGGACUUGGCUGUGUUCUGGUCUGCGAGGCUCACACCCUGGAACCAGUCAGGGGUGCGCUGGAUGCAAGGGUCUCUGGCCCUCCUCGGUGCUGCUUUGGUGAAUCUCAGCAGCUGUGCCUUCACCUUGCUGGUCUCCUUCGCGCCCACAAAGUGUUUCUUACUUGACCUGGCUACGGCGACAUGUAUGGUGCUACCACUGCUACCGCUGUCACUGGUUGCGAACGAAUGCCGCUGGAUAUUGGCCACAUGGAAGGAUGGCGAAGCGGGGGAUGUGCUGAUUUGGUCCAGCGCGGGCUUGCGUGUCCUAGCCGUGCUUACCUGCGCAGCUGUUGGGGUCUCUGCGGUACAGGUGGCUUGGAAGCGUCAGGAAUCCCCCGAGGGCACUUGUGGGCUGGUACAAUGUGGAUUCCUCGCAGCAUGCUGCCUCUGUGCCCCUUCGUCGUUGGCCUGCAGCUUAAUCCGC